UUAGGGCAAUUAAACCAAAGGACUGUUUUCAAUGUUCUAGUGUUAUAUUGACUUCGGUAGCUAGGUGUCCUUACUGCCUGUAUUAGUUCAGCUUUUUAGACGGAAGCGUCCUGCUAUACUGCGCUGUGUAGCUAGGUAUCCUGCCUGAAAAGAGUAAAGCUGCUGCAUUGCAGCCUCAGUGCUGCUGCUGGAAGCAAACAUACAACAAUGGCGACUCCCAGCCCCAGCAACAACUCCACAAUCUCCUUCAGCUACGACAGCAGUAACCCAGGAUCUACAUCACACCAUCACCAACACCAGUCUCAACAAACCACAACAGUAAGCACCAUGCAGGAGACCAACACUUGCUGGAGAUGUCAGAAUGAAACAGGAUUUCAGAUAAACUUCUCUGGAAUUACGCAAAGUAAACGUAAAGCACUGAAGUUAAAUUUUGCCAAUCCACCAAUUAAAUCAACUGCAAGGUUUACUCUCAACACUUCAGGAGUUCCUUUUCAGAAUCCACAUAUAGAGAGGCUGCGAACACACAGUAUUGAAUCUUCAGGAAAAUUGAAGAUCUCUCCGGAGCAGCAUUGGGAUUUCACUGCAGAAGACCUAAAGGACCUUGGGGAAAUAGGACGGGGAGCCUAUGGGUCUGUCAACAAAAUGGUGCACAAACCCAGUGGUCAGAUCAUGGCAGUCAAACGAAUUCGAUCAACUGUUGAUGAAAAGGAACAGAAGCAACUGCUGAUGGAUUUAGAUGUAGUAAUGAGGAGUAGUGACUGUCCAUAUAUUGUUCAGUUUUAUGGGGCUCUUUUCAGAGAGGGUGACUGUUGGAUCUGCAUGGAACUCAUGUCUACCUCGUUCGACAAGUUUUACAAAUAUGUAUAUUGUGCAUUAGAUGAUGUGAUUCCAGAGGAAAUAUUAGGCAAAAUAACAUUAGCUACUGUGAAAGCACUUAACCACUUAAAAGAAAACUUGAAAAUAAUUCACAGAGACAUCAAGCCUUCUAAUAUUCUUCUGGACCGGAACGGCAACAUUAAGCUCUGCGACUUUGGCAUUAGUGGACAGCUUGUGGACUCCAUUGCCAAAACUAGAGACGCAGGAUGCAGACCUUACAUGGCGCCAGAAAGAAUAGACCCAAGUGCUUCCAGACAGGGAUACGAUGUUCGAUCAGAUGUGUGGAGUUUGGGAAUAACAUUGUAUGAACUUGCCACCGGCAGAUUCCCAUACCCCAAGUGGAACAGCGUAUUCGAUCAGCUGACACAGGUCGUGAAAGGAGAGCCACCACAGCUCAGUAACUCUGAGGAGAGACAGUUUUCCCCCAUGUUCAUCAAUUUUGUCAACCUGUGCCUUACGAAGGAUGAGUCAAAAAGGCCAAAGUACAAAGAGCUUCUGAAACACCCAUUCAUCCUGAUGUACGAAGAGCGCCCAGUGGAUGUGUCUGGAUAUGUCUGUAAAAUCCUUGACCACAUGCCGACAGCCCCCAGCUCCCCCAUAUAUGUUGAUUGAUGAUUCGACUACAAGAACUAAAGAAGGGCUUGAGAGAGAACCUAUGAUGUAAAGAUUUGUUUCAUCACACAUUGCAGUGUUUAAAGAAAACAGAAAUAAUAGUAACAAGAGUAAAAUAAAAGAAACUCCAACACCAUGUGCAAUAAUAUUGGUGUUCAUUUUCGAUCAUGUCUGUAUACUAUUGUCAUAGUCAUUGUGCAUUUUAGUAACUGAUCACAGUGUUAAGUGUUGGUUUUGACAAAAAAAAAAAAAACAGACCUCAUCUUGAUUUUGUGUGGUUACAGUAUAGUCAUGAUAUCAGGAAAUAUAUUCAACAUAUUCUGGAAGAAAACGUAUAGUAAAUCAGUUGUGGAAUUUAAUUUGAACACUUUUUAAGCAGCCUACUGGAAAACCUUUCUAAUCUUCCACCUCUUUCCAUGUGUGUGAUUUGUAGGCAUUGUGUGUGUGUGUAAAAAAAAAAAAAAAAAAAAAAAAAAAAAAAAA